AUGUCCGCUCUGCACCGGCUCUGCCCGCUGCAGCCUCACCCGUCGGUGGAUGCCGGGAAUACAGAUGGCUGUUAUAGAAUACAUGUAAACCUAACCGUUUUAAAAGAAUACUGGUGUGACAGUUCCAGAAGCAGUCUACCAGAUUUAUCAGACGUGUACGAACAAAUAUUACAUGUUGGAAAAGAUGGCUUUCUUAUAUGCCAUCUGAACUUCCCCAAGAGUUGUGUUUUGGAUUCAGUAAAGUGGUAUAAGGAGUGUAAAGAGAUUGAAGGGGAGCGGUUUAUCUUGGGACAAAAGCUUUCGGUGCGCAGUGUGUCAGCUGAGGACAGAGGGAACUAUGCAUGUCGAGCCGGACUGGCGCACAUGGGGAAACAGUACGUGGUUUUAAAUGGCAUCGCUGUGAACAUCACAGAAAGAUCUGGAGAUGGAAGGAGAAUCCCUAGAAUCACUUAUGCAAAAAACAAUUCAAUUGAAGUACCACUUGCUCCAGAUUUUCGAGCUUACCUGGUCGGAGGGCUUGGCGCCUUGGCACUUGUGGCUGCGUCUGCUCUGUGCGUCUACAACAUUUUCAAGAUCGACAUUGUUCUUUGGUACCGCAGUGCCUUCCGUUCUGCUGGGACCAUAGAAGACCAGAGGAUUGGAGCAGAGACAAAGGCGGGUCUCUGUGGGCCCCGUGUUUUGGUGAAGGAAGUGACUUUGAGGCCUUUGCAGCAGUAUGUGAGCAGAAGAUUAAUCAUCUUUAAACUCAUUGACAGAGCAGAAGAUAUCAACACUCCUGAAUGCAAGGAACGAUCAACCCAGAAAUUUCAGACCAUCUCUCCUGUCUAUUGCCAGGGGCUUUUAGAAUCCCAUAAAUGUUUGCCAGAGGAACGGGUUCUGCUCCUUGGGCUCUACCCGCCACUCGUGCUCAUCGUCGCUGGGCACCAUGAUCCCCGGGCACAGCGGGGUGCACACGCCCUGCCCGAGGCCGUGUCUCUCAGACUCCUCUGUCACCGGGAGGCUCCAGAUUUUCGAGCUUACCUGGUCGGAGGGCUUGGCGCCUUGGCACUUGUGGCUGCGUCUGCUGUGUGUGUCUACAACAUUUUCAAGAUCGACAUUGUUCUUUGGUACCACAGUGCCUUCCGUUCUACUGGGACCAUAGAAGAUGGGAAGCUGUAUGAUGCAUACGUCUUGUACCCAAAGCCUCAAAGUGAAAGCCAGAGUCACGACGUGGACACGCUGGUGUUGAAGAUCCUGCCCGAGGUGCUGGAGCAGCAGUGCGGCUAUAAGUUAUUCAUAUUUGGCAGGGAUGAAUUCCCCGGACAAGCUGUGGCCAAUGUCAUCGAUUAAAACACUAAGCUGUGCAGGAGGCUGAUCGUCAUCAUAGUCCCCGCAUGGCUGAGCUUUGGCCUAUUGAAGAACAUGCCAGAAGAACAAAUCGCAGUCUACAACGCCCUCACCCAGGACGGGAUGAAAGUCAUUCUGAUUGAACUGGGGAAAAUUGAAGACUAUACAGCCAUGCCAGAGUCAAUCCAGUACAUCAGACAGAAGCACGGGGCCAUCCAGUGGAGCGGGGACUUCACGGAACAGUCACAGGGCAUAAAGACCAGGUUUUGGAAAAAAGUGAGAUACCACAUGCCACCCCAAAGGUAUCCACCCUCUGCGGUCCAGCUGCAGAAGCGCGUGCCCUCCAACUGCACAGCAGGCAGGUGGGAGGCCAGCGAAGGACACAUCACACACUGA